AUGUUACCUAUUUUAGUCUUAUCCCUAUUCUUUUAUAUUUCAUCCGUCUUCUCAUAUCGAAUCGGAAAUCUUAUGCCUCGUAUGGCCUCAUCACCACUUUUACCAAUAUCAACGGAUGCACCACCAGCAUUGUUUGUAUCAAAACCACAUCCGCAACCACCACGACGAUUGGAUCCGAAAUUUGCCAAAUCAAUCCCAACGAAUAAAUUUUAUACAAAUUUAUUAGUAGAUACCGAUGCCAAUCCGAAUCCCGUUUUUCCUUUACCAUAUGCAUUAAGAUUUGAAUCCAAUCCAAAUGAUGCGUUGAAUGGUUUCAGUAUUAGUAAUAUUGACGAAGACAAAAAGGUCCUGGGGUCCGAUCCAAAUGCCGACCCCGUUGAAUUUUUUUUCAGCAUAUACACACCGAGCAUAACAAUCUCUGCAAACGAAUUACCGGAUUUACCACAAUUAAUUCUCUCGGAGCCCGAUGAUUUUUCGAUCGUUGCUACUUUAACAUUAUCCAGUGAUCAAAAUAUCGUCAUACCAAUAGUUCGUGGUAUGGCCUUCGUAACCGCCAUCUAUAAAAAUUUAACACCAUUAUUCUUUACGGGAGUAGGAUUUACAUCAUUAUCCAGUCCAAUUAAAGUUGGAUCAUUUCAACAAUUUACGGUUGUAUUGAAAGAUGAAUCAACCUGGCUUAUAUAUGCCAAUGGAAAUACCGAAAUAGCACUGACAUUGACGAAUGGGCAAAUCGUUUGUGGCUCGGGACCAUUUGAAGGUAUCAUUCAAAUCGCCAAAGUACCCAAAGAUAAUAUCGAUCAAGCUAUAGGUAUUUACAGCAACAGUGCUGGAAUUUAUGCCACUAGCGCUGUUUUAGACGUGCAAAACGACGGAAUAACCGGUACAUAUGCAUUUAAUUGGAAAGUUAGCGGUGACUUAACGAAGCCAUUAUUGCACUUCGCAUUACCGCAUCAGGUUUCAUCGCUUACACCCGGAGCCAAUAUAACAACAAUUUCAUUGACGUCGCCAGCCAAAGGACAAAUGAUAGCACUUACUGGCAUAUCUUGGUCAUUUGCUGAACCAGUAUUAAAUAAUAUUGGAAUCCUUCCAACAGAUUUUGAGUCAAGAUUGACCGAUGAAAAAAAGGCGUUGAUCGUACAACAAACUCCAUUAGAUGUUGCCCAAGAUUUUACAAAACUUUCGAACUUGGAUAGCAUGUAUUUUAGUGGAAAAGUGUUGGCUAAAUUUGCUCUAGUUUGUUUGGUCGCGAAUGAUGUUAUCAAAGAUCCAACGUUGACGACAACUUGCGUUAACCAAUUAAAGGAUGCUAUACAACCCUUUGUGACAAAUCAACGAACAAUUCCUCUUCGGUACGAUAGUUCAUGGAAAGGAAUCAUAAUCGAUCAAGAUGAUCCAGCCGCAGAUUUUGGUGCUUCUUUCUACAAUGAUCAUCACUUUCAUUACGGAUAUUUCGUUUACGCCGCAGCGAUUCUUCGUCACUUGGACGAAUUAUGGGGUCAACAAAAUGAGGGGUGGGUGGAAGCCUUGAUCAGAGACGUAUCCAAUCCAUCAGCAGACGACACAUUUUUUCCAACGUUCCGUAAUUUUGAUUGGUUUUCAGGACAUUCAUGGGCAAGUGGUAUAUUUUCUUCGGGAGAUGGCAAUAACGAAGAGUCAACAAGUGAAGAUUAUAAUUUUUUCUAUGGAAUGAAAUUAUGGGGUCAAGUUUCCAAAAAGCCAAAUAUUGAGUCGUUAGCUGAUGUGAUUUUAGCCGUUGAAGCUAGAAGCAUGAGAACUUAUUUCUUAAUGGAAGAUGAUAAUAAUGUUCAACCUAUAAAAUUUAUUAAGAAUAAAGUUACAGGGAUUUUAUUCGAGAACAAAGCUGAUCAUACUACCUUCUUCAGCAAAGAAAUAGACGCUAUUCAAGGAAUCCAAAUGAUACCUGUAACUCCAAUUAUGCCAUAUAUCCGUUCAAAGAAAUUCAUUACCGAAGAAUUUAACCAAAUUUUCGCACCCAUAGUUGAUGGCUUGACGGGUAAUUUUCAAUCUUUAAUUGAAAUGAAUCGUGCAAUUAUCGAUCCCGAUGCAGCUUUCGACCACUUUGCAAAUAAUAUAAAUGCUACUCUCGAUGACGGAUUAUCAAGAAGCUGGGCAUUGUUUUGGUGUGCUGUUCAAACUAUAUAA